GCUAGAUAAUAAAUAAACUUGCAAAAAAACCCAGCGACGGCCGGUGUGGUUGACGGGGAAUAGAGGUGGAGAACCCGGAAAGACCGGUGUCAGUUGGUGAAGAUGGCGCUCCGGGCAGCUGGGAGCCGUUUGUGGCAUUUUAAGACAAACAGUUUCAAGAUUGUCUCCUUCCAAACUCCAGGACUCGUCAGAUUCAAAACAACCUGUCCAGUUGAAGUGAGCCAUCUCGAUCAUUUGGUACUAACAGUGAAAAGUGUGCCAGACACCAUCAACUUUUAUUCCUCAGUUCUCGGCAUGGAGGUGAUCACUUUUAAGGGAAACCGUAAAGCUCUGGGUUUUGGGCAGCAGAAGUUUAACCUUCACCAGCUGGGCCAGGAGUUUGAACCAAAAGCCAAGUAUCCAACCUCAGGCUCUGCAGACCUCUGCCUCAUCACCAAAACCCCUCUGGCUACAGUGGCUGCACAUCUGAAGGUCUGUGGAGUCAAGAUUGAAGAGGGUCCAGUGGAAAGAAGUGGGGCUGUGGGGGCAGUCACCUCACUAUACUUCAGAGAUCCAGACCACAAUCUCAUUGAAGUGUCAAAUUAUAACCAGGCAGCAGCAGAGGGUUCUUCUUGAGACUUCUCAGGCCUUGUUUGUGAGAAUGUGAAAAUACAUCCAAAUCUCACCAGCGCACGGCCUCUAUGUUCAUCUGGCCUACAUCGCACAAUUAGUGUUUUAGCUAUGAAAUGUUUGGACCAUAAUGACUGUAAUUUAACCAUCACCUGCACUUGAUUUAGACAGGGGUGAUAGCAGCUGGCUGUGUAGUUCUGUCCAAGUUUCCAUUUUAGGAGUGUGCAGAAAAGGCCUUCUAACACUCUUAGAAAGUGAAAAAAAAUAACACUUAAAAAUACUAAUCUAUAUAAUGAAAUGGGUAUUUUUGAUUUGUUUUUUAAUUUCCUAAAGAAAUGUCAAACAGAGAAAACCUUUCUUUUUCAUGACGAAAUAAAAGGGUUUGACAUGUAACAAA